GCGCCGACACUGCCCGCCCGACCCCAGCCCGACGACGAGACGCCGCCUGCCGCUCGUGUCAUCAUGAGGCCGCUCAUCUUCUGCACCCUGGUCCUGGUCGCUUCGGCCAGCAAGCUGGGGAGACUGCAGGAUGAUGGAGAGCACCACCACCACCACCACCAUGACCAGCACGACGAACUUCCGCUGGCUCCCAUUAUCCAUCACGACGGCCUUCCGCUGGCUCCCAUUAUCCAGCACGACGAACUUCCGCUGGCUCCCAUUAUCCAGCACGACGAACUUCCGUUGGUGCCCAUUAUCCAACAGGACAAUGUGCGGAAUGAUGAUGGCUCAUUCCGCUACCUCUUCCACACGGCUAACCAGAUUCAGGCGGAGGUGCAGGGCGAGCUGCGACAGAUCGGAGACCAGUUCGGCACCGUCAUGAGGGGCAGCUACAGCUUCGUCACCCCCGAGGGUCGCAACAUCGCAGUCACCUGGGUGGCCGACGAGAACGGCUUCCAGACGUUCGGUGACACCUUGAUCCUCGACCAAUAGACGGUGUGGACGCCUGGAGCCCAUCUUCAUGGCAGGCACCAAAACCGCUCAAGUCUACCGCUCAUCGGUCUUUGCAGCUCUGAUCUCGCCAUAUCACCCUUGGUGCGAGUUUGUGAUGCCGGGGUUGCAGGACAAAAUGUUCCGCAAGCCUUCGGUGACCGAGCGCUGGAAUGCGACUUCUUUACUAUACAUGAAUACGAAUACAUGAUCGAGGGGA